UCCUUCACUUCACUACACACAAAUUUUCCACCAUUCACCAUUCUCAGUACAGUCACAAACUCCAUGCAAUGGCGACCCACCUGAAACCCUUCACCACAACCACACCAUACAGAUCAUUCCACCAUCUCCACCACAACCACCACCGAAACCAGCCAUCUUCAAAACCAACAAGAUGGGUUCAAAUUCGAGCAACCUCAUCAUCAUACCUCGAAAUGUGGAAGAAAGCCAUAGAACGAGAAAGAAACACAACCAACUUCAACAAACUCGCCGCUUCGAACGACAGCGGCGUGGAAGAGAAUUUAGAGAAGAAAACUCAAGACUUUCAGAAGCUUCUAGAGGUUUCGAGUGAGGAACGUGAUAGGAUUCAGAGGUUACAGGUUAUUGAUCGUGCUUCUGCUGCAAUUGCUGCUGCUAGAGCGCUUCUUAAGGAUGCUAAUAGCAACAGUGUUCGUUCUGAUGGAGAUAUGUUACAAAAAUAUGAAUCAGAUUCAGGAAAGAAGAAUGACAGUAUUUUUGUGCGAGAGUCCGGAACACAAAAUGGGACUCUUUUUGUGCCAAAGUCAGGAACACAGAAAGAUGGUAUCCCAGGUCCUGAUUUUUGGUCAUGGACACCCCCGGUGGAUAGUGACGUUCCUUCAAAUGAUGCUAAUGGGUUGAAGUUAGAUACCAAGUCUUCAGUUAAUCCAACAUUGUCCAAUCCUGUUAUCGAGAAGGAAAGGUCAUCGCAGUCUCUCUUGAUUCCAUUUGAGAGUUUACUUACUCAAAGCAAAAACUUUCCUACACUUCCACCACUCCAGUCAUCUUUAGAGGUUCAAACCUCUUCUUCAAAUGUAGAGUCUCCUUCUGUGGAAGAGGAAAAGAAACGCGAUGCGUUAUCUUCCGACCAUGCGGCAGAAGUAGUUCGAGCCCUUGAAGUGGACAGUAAAUCAUCACCUAUUGGUGUGAAUCCUGAUGGAACAAGAUGGUGGAGAGAGAUGGGAAUUGAGCAAAGACCUGAUGGUGUCAUUUGUAGGUGGACAGUGAUCAGAGGUGUUAGUGCUGACAAAGCUUUAGAGUGGCAAGAGAAGUUUUGGGAGGCUUCUGAUGAGUUUGGCUAUAAGGAACUUGGUUCUGAGAAAUCUGGACGUGAUGCAAAUGGAAAUGUUUGGCGUGAAUUUUGGAGAGAAUCCAUGCGUCAGGAAAACGGGCUAAUGCAUAUGGAGAAAACUGCAGAUAAAUGGGGAAGAAAUGGUAAAGGUGACGAGUGGCAGGAAAAAUGGUUUGAACACUACAAUGCAUCUGGUCAAGCUGAGAAAUGGGCACACAAAUGGUGCAGUAUUGACCCAAACACACCCCUCGAUGCUGGGCAUGCUCAUGUCUGGCACGAAAGGUGGGGUGAAACAUAUGACGGGUAUGGUGGCAGCAUAAAAUACACUGACAAAUGGGCUGAGCGUUCAACAGAUGGUGGAUGGGAGAAAUGGGGCGACAAAUGGGAUGAAAAUUUUGAUCUAAAUGCUCAUGGCAUCAAGCAGGGAGAGACAUGGUGGGAAGGUAAGCACGGAGAGCGCUGGAACCGGACCUGGGGUGAGCAACACAAUGGUUCUGGAUGGGUUCACAAGUACGGAAAGAGCAGUAGUGGUGAACAUUGGGACACGCACGAAAUGCAAGAUACUUGGUAUGAAAGAUUCCCUCAUUUUGGUUUCUUUCACUGCUUUGAAAACUCAGUUCAGCUCAGGGAAGUACAAAAACCUUCGGAAAGGCAAGAACCCUAAUUUGCCGAAACCAUAUGAAAUAUAGGAACUUUAAUUUAAGUUAUAGUAUACUGAGUAUAUGAUUGAUCAUAUCAAGCUCUUCUGAAAGUCUAAGGAAUGAAUGGUGUGUAAUAAUGAUAUAAUAUGCAUACUUACAAUUUAUGCAGAAAGUGGCUUUUGCAAUAUGUAUCAAGUUAGUGAUCAGUAACAAAUGAACAAUGUGAAAUAUAAUGAUAUAAUAUGCAGCCAAAUUAAGACAA